CUCCCUUUCUCUCUCUAAACACACUAGUUGUAUAUAUUGACUUCCACGGUUGUGAAAAAAAACGCAAAGGAAGUUUUUUGUGGAAAGACAUCCACCGUUACUACUUGCUCACGGAGUCCCCCUUUUUACUCAAACAACCACCCUCCUCCCUCUAGCCCCUCUCUCUCUGUCUAUAAUACUAAGCGUACAAGCCCAUCUCUCUCUCUCUCUCUCUCUCUCUCUCUCUCUCUCAGAUCAAUAGAUAUGGAUUUGCAAGAGGAAUUCACUCAGAUAAUGAAAGGAAAGCGCACCAAGCGCCCGAGGCAAUCAUCGCCGCUAGCCCUAACGAUGGCUUCCACCUCCUCAUCGAGCAUGGCAGAAGGCGGCAGCAUCGGUGGUGGCAUUAGCGAAAACUCCGGUGGUGGUUUUGACAGGCCCGCCACCGCUUCCGCCACCAACUCGGGCGAAUUGACGGACCAUAGCGUUGAAAAGGAAGUAGAAGAGGACAUGGCUAACUGCUUAAUUCUCCUAGCUCAAGGCCACAGCCACCACCGCCAAACCCUAAAAACGCCCGAGCGGCCAUUAGUUCCGACAACUUACUAUCAGUGCAAGACCUGCGACCGGUGCUUCCCGUCGUUCCAAGCCCUAGGCGGCCACCGAGCCAGCCACAAUAAACCCAACAAGGCCAUUACAAACGGAGAAGAGAAGAAGCCAUCGUCGUCGACGAUGUUGACACAGGAAGAGGCUCAGGAAAACAGUGCUAGCACCACUCUUUCCCUUCAAAUCAUUCCGAAUUCUAGGGUUUCGCCGCCUAGCGGCAGUAACACCAAAUCUAGGGUCCACGAGUGCGCGAUAUGCGGUGCGGAGUUUUCGUCCGGUCAGGCUCUAGGGGGUCACAUGAGACGACAUCGGUCCGCGCCGGCCAUUGCUACAAGUUGUGAUGAUCAGACCAGAGAAGUGAAGAAAUCAAAGAAUGUUCUAGCCCUAGACCUCAACCUUCCUGCCCCGGAAGACGAACACCGCGAAUCGAAAUUUGUUUUUGCUUCCAAGAAACAGGUGAUCGUCUUCUCCGCGUCUCCUCUGGUUGAUUGUCAUUACUAGAUUAAUUCAAUCUCCCCAUCCCCAUGGGUUGAUUAAUUUGGCUAAGGUAACUGCUAGCCAAGGUGGAUUGUGAAUUAUGAUCAUUGGAUUAUUCUUUUCUCAUUGUAUAAUAUAUAUAUUCAUAGUGCAAUUGAUUCUUUGUAACCAAUUUAUUGAUCAUAAGUGGUUGGUUGUGGUAUGGUUUGCAUUUGAUCAUAUCACACAAAGUUAUUGAUGUGAA